AUGGGCUCGCAAAACGCCCUCUUAAUCCUCUACUCUGAACAAGGAAAAUGGCGGGAACUAACGGCCUUUUACCACCAAAUCAGAAAACAAGGCUUUGAGCCAAACUCCUUCACCUUCUCAUCUCUCCUCAAAUGCCUUUCCUCUUCCCAAUCUCCUCUCCUUCAUGCCCAGCCCCUCCAUGCCGACGCCGCCAAGCGCGGCUUCGUCUCCUCCGACCCCUUUGUGACCAACGACCUUCUCACGGUAUAUUCCCGAUGCGGCUCACCGCAAAGUGCUCGCAAAAUGUUUGAUGAAAUUCCUGUUCCAGGCCCAUUCUGUUGGAACACCAUGAUAUCUUGCUACUUCCGGGAAUCCCAUUGUGGGGCUGCUCGGGAGCUGUUUGAUCGAAUGCGUGAAGCCCAUUUGGCUAAUGAUGUUACUUGGUCUGCGGUGAUAGCGGGGUAUGCUCAGAAUAGCAGGCCUAAGGAUGCAUUGUUUGUAUUCAAGGAGAUGAGGGGGGAGUGCGAUGAAAUGGGCUCUCCCUUGUCGCCAAUGUCUCACACCAUUACAAGUGUUUUUUCAGCUUGUGGGCAGUUGAGGGAUGUUAUUUUGGGAGAACAAAUUCAUGGGUAUGUGAUGAAGAUAAGCAGUUAUGUUGAGAAUGAUGCUUUUGUUGGGAGUGUUGUUGUUGAUAUGUAUGGUAAGUGUGGUUUUGAAGAGCUUGCGAGGUUUGUUUUUUAUUCAAUAGUGGACAAGUGCGUUGUAGUUUGGACGGCACUGAUUGCAAGCUACGUCUGUAAUGAGUGCCCUUGCCCAGCUAUUGAAGUUUUCCGGGAGAUGAUUUAUGAGGGCAUGGAGCCAAAUUGUGUUACUCUAUCUUCUCUAAUUUCAGCUUGUUCCCAAAUCCCAGACUUGAUGUUGGGUAAGGAAAUUCAUGGUUUCAUUACUAGGAGAAGAGCAGCAACAACUCCAGAUGUUUUCAUUUCAACAUCCUUGAUAGAUAUGUAUGGUAAAUGCAAUUACAUGGUGUAUGGUCAUCGGAUAUUUGAGAAGGAUAAAACAUACCCAAGAUGUAACACAACAGCUUUGUGGAAUGCAACAAUUGCUGGGUAUAUGGAGAAUAAUUUUGUUAGUGAUGCUUGGGAUGUGUUUAGAUCUAUAACUCAUGGUGAAGGGAUUAAUCCCAAUACUGUUACCAUGUCCAUUGUUCUUCCUUUGUGUGCUAGAUCUUCCCAGCUCCUCUCAGGUAAGGAAAUCCACUGCUAUGCUCUUAGAAAUGGCUUGGAUCAAGAAAUCUUUGUAAGUAAUGGCCUAAUAGACAUGUAUUCCAAAUGUGGAAAGCUUAAGCUGGCGGAAAAUCAAUUUAAUAGAAUGAUGAAUGAAAAAAACAGGAUUUCAUGGACCUCCAUGAUUGAUGGGCACGGGAUACAUGGAGAUGGAGAAGGUGCAAUUAGAGUUUUUGAAAGCAUGGUAAGGGAAGAAGUCAAGCCGGAUCAUAUCACAUUUGUGGCUCUCAUCUCUGCUUGUAGUCACGCAGGCCUCUUGGAACAAGGUCUUAGAUACUUCGAAGAAAUGAGUAGAGAGUAUGGAAUUGUACCCGUGGAGGAGAAUUAUGGGACUGUUGUUGAUUUGCUUGCACGAGCUGGGCGCUUCAAAGAAGCCAGGGAUCUAAUCGAACGAAUGCCUAUAAAGCCUGGUGCAAACGUUUGGGGGGCAUUGCUUGGUGCCUGUAGGAUCCAUGGAAAUGUCAAGGAGGCUGAGCUUGCCGCUCAUUGUCUGCAAAAACUUGAACCAAAAGAUAGUGGUUUUCAAAAAUUGUUAGCCAGUAUAUAUCUAGAGGCUGGGAGGCGAGAAAAUGCAGAAGAUUUAAGGAGUCAAAUGAGAGAAAUGGGCAUGGAAAAAAGGCAAGGAUUCAGCUGGUUGGAGACUAAGGAAGAAAUUUAUGAAUCCAUUGACAGCGAUAAGCACAUUCCCGAUACAACAGAGACUUGGAGUCCUGAACAACUAGAGAUUUCAGAUUAA